CCGCGCCCGCGCGUGCUCCUCGGGUCUGCGCGGAGCCGCUGUCGGCGCGCGCUUGGCGCCCGACUGAGACUGUGAGAGGCGGGCGGGAUCUCAGCGGCGCGGCCGCGGAAUCUGAGGAGGUUUGGGGCGGCGGCGCUCCAGGUCUGAAAGGCUCUGGCCAAACGGAGCCUGCGACCAAACGGUGCCCGCAGCGCCUGAGCUGAGUGAGGCCGAGGCCGGGAGGCUGUGCCCGGAGUAAGGCAAAAGAGAAUGAAAGACGUAGAUAACCUCAAAAGUAUAAAAGAAGAAUGGGUUUGUGAAACAGGAUCUGAUAAUCAACCUCUUGGUAAUAAUCAACAAUCAAAUUGUGAAUAUUUUGUUGAUAGCCUUUUUGAGGAAGCUCAGAAGGUUGGUUCCAAACGCUUGUCUUCCACUGAACAGAAGAAACAGGUAGAUGUAAAUAUAAAAUUAUGGAAAAACGGAUUCACCGUCAAUGAUGAUUUCAGAAGUUACUCCGAUGGUGCAAGUCAACAGUUUUUAAAUUCCAUCAAAAAGGGGGAAUUACCUUCAGAAUUACAGAGAAUUUUUGAUAAAGAAGAGGUGGACGUUAAAGUUGAAGACAAGAAAAAUGAAGUAUGUAUGUCUACGAAGCCUGUGUUCCAGCCCUUUUCAGGACAGGGUCACAGACUAGGAAGUGCCACACCAAAAAUUGUUUCUAAAGCAAAGAGUAUUGAAGUUGAAAAUAAAAAUAAUUUGUCUACUGUUCUGCUAAACAACUUAGAACCUGUUACUAAUAUACAGAUCUGGUUAGCCAAUGGGAAAAGGAUUGUCCAGAAAUUUAACAUCUCUCAUAGGGUAAGCCAUAUCAAAGACUUCAUUGAAAAAUACCAAGGAUCUCAAAGAAGUCCUCCAUUUUUCCUGGCAACAGCUCUUCCUGUCCUCAGGUUGCUAGAUGAGACACUCACCCUGGAAGAAGCAGAUUUACAGAAUGCUGUCAUCAUUCAGAGACUCCAAAAAACUGCUGCACCUUUUAGAGAACUUUCAGAGCAUUGAUUUUUGAUAGACUAAGUGGAGAAUUUGUGGAGAAAUGAUGGUUGUAAGUAGACAUGCAAACCAAAAUUGGGGACUGGAGAAGGCAGACUCACUACACUUUUGGUUCGAGUACUAUUAAACUCUCUCCUGAUGAGAUGUUAGAGAAGUACAAGUUAGGAAAGUAGCAUAUGACUGGAAACUAUAUUCAGUGCACUUUUUCCAAAAGGCUACUCAGAAAAAUAUACUUAUUUUCAAAUACCAAUUAUCAAGAUAUAUGAAAUAGGCAUAUUAUUUAGAAUCUUAAUGUGGUAUAAAUUAGCAAGUGUGUUCACAAUAUUAUUCAACCAUCAUUCCCAAACAGCAGGGAUUUAUUUAAAUGUUAGCUGUCUCAGAGUUUUUAAAUAGCUAAUAUGGCCAGGCACAGUGGCUCACGCCCAUAAUUCUAGGACUUUGGGAGGCCUAGGCAGGCAGAUCAUGAGGUAAAGGGAUUGAAACCAUCCUGGCCAUUAUGGUGAAACCCCGUCUUUACCAAAAAUACAAAAAGUAGUUGGGCAUGGUGGCACGCACCUAUAAUCCCAGCUACUCGGGAGGCUGAGGCAAGAGAAUUGCUUGAAGCCAAGAGGCGGAGAUUACCAAGUGAGCCAAGAUCUGCCACUGCACUCCAUCCUGGUGACAGAGCAAGACUCCAUCUCAAAACAAUAAA